AUCGUUGGAGCAUUUCUGUUGGUGACAACAUCUCCAAUCAAUAACCCUUAUUGAUUGAUGAUUAGCAGUGACACAUUGGUAGAGGAUAAAUUCAAUUUAUUAUAAGAUUCCCUUCAUCGUUAUACAUGUUUAACCAGUGAUUCUGUUCCAUCCAGAUGUGAGUAAAAAGUGAUUUAUUCUGAUAAAAUAUUCACAUCAUUGCAGAUAUUACAGUAAUGACAUCACAGUCUCUGUAUUUCAGCAGAUUAAAGUCGAUUUAGAGUUUUAAAAAGUAGGCGGAAUCUCCCUUUAGCGAAUCAGAAGCUGACUUCGGUUUGAGAACCAGCAGGAGGUCCGGAUGUUCCCAGAACCGGGUCCGACUGGACGACCGUGGACUAAAUGUUGUUUAUAGACUAAACGACCUGCCAAAUAAAAGCAGCUUAUUUCAACAACCGUGGAGGCGAUGUGCUUUUAUUUUGGCAGGUUUCUUGGUAGCUAUGGUGACGGAACUGCAGCUGAAUUUGUUUCUCUGAUUGUUUAUGAAUAACUGAUCAUGUAACGGGUCAAUAUUGAUGUUGACUGAUGAUACUGUGAUAAAUCAUUGAGCAGGUGUUGUUUAUCUGAGCUACCUGUCAAUCCGUCCUACCUGACACUACGUCACAUUCUGCUGACUCAGCAGAUUUCUUCUCCUACCUGUGGAAGUUUCAUUUCAGGUGUUUUAUUUCAUUGCAUCAGAAACUUUAUUUAUUUUCUAGCAGCUUUCAUGAAGCUGCUGGAUUACUAGCAGAAUUCUGGCUUUAGUUUGGUCCAGUCAUCAUCAGGACUGAAUAUGUUUUUGAGCUAUACUUUAAAAUACUUUAGUUUAAUUACACUUUUUAUUAAUGAUCAAACUUUGCUAAAUAGAUGUGGGACUGAAGUUGUCAAGGCCUGUAAUAUCAGUGCAUAUGAAUCAUAUCCCAUCAUUUCAGUGACUUGUUGUGGCUGAUGCUGAUAACAUAUAAUAUAUAUAUAAUAUAAAGUAUUAAUGCACAAAAAAGAUCUGUGGUGAUCUAGAUUAGUGUUUAAUUCCAAUAAAAGCUGUUUCCAUCUGAUCCGGUUUUAUUCUAACAAACGCCUCUGUGUCUCAGAUAUUAACAGCUAGAUAUUGUAGGAAAGGAUCAGCUGCAUCUGCAGCUUUUCAUUUCAAACUUUGGUAGGAUAUUCAGAUGAAGGAAGUGAUCUGCUUCUGGUUUCAUCAUCACAUCAAUUGUUCAAUGCUAAGCUAACCAGAACUGCUAAGCUUCCAGUCACUAAAUGAUCCAAUUAUUGAACAUUAACAAGCCGCUGCAGUUUGUUUGUAAACAUGGCGGUAGCAGCUUUAGACGGGUAGCACGGACAGACAGAGCCAGCUGUCGAUCCGUGCUGCGGUAGGGAAAUCUGACGGAGUAGCUCAGAUCGUCAGAACAGGGUCAGUGAGAAAAGGCCGAAAUCUCGCGAGAAACUUCGUGUUUUCAGCUGUAGUUCCCUCCUGUGCCGCUGGGGGCGGUAAAUCCGACCCUCCGCUUUCACCGCAGCAGCAGAAGAAGGAGCCCCACCAAAACACCCGCUGAACCGCCCGUCCAGGUCUGCUCUGACUGGAACCGAACCGAGCCCAGCCGAACAUGAACGAGUCUGAAGGAGUCCGUUUCCGGCGGCUGCAACGAGCUCACGUGAUCACAGAGGAACUUCCGGAGCGGAGACAGAAAGUGUCCAGCUCCUACAGUGGGAAGGUCUUCCGGGUCACUCUGCUGUCUCUGGGCGGUUUCUUGAUUCUUCUUCUUCUCAUCAUCUUCUUCAUCCUGGAGUCUCCCAUUCAUCCAGAGGCCUUCAGCUUGAAGGAGCCGCCCCAGAUGAAGGGCUGCUGGGAGCCCAACCUGCGGCUCCGGGAGGCCCGGCGGCUCUACGAGGACCAGCUUCUGGGUCCAGAGUCCAUCGUCAACAUGGGAGAUGUUUUCUUCACUGGAACAGCUGACGGCAAAAUCCUCAAGCUGAUUGGACAGAGAAUCGUUACCUUGGCAACGCUCGGCAGGCCGCCGUGUGGCGCCAGGGAGGACGAGCCCACCUGGGGGCCCCUGGGCAUCAGGGCGGGGCCUAACGGGACGCUGUUCGUAGCCGACGCCUACCUAGGUGUGUUCGAGGUCGACCCUGCCACAGGUGCGGCGACCCGGCUGGUGGCGGGGGGGCAAAUGGUCGGGGGCAGGAAGCUGUCGUUCAUCAAUGACGUGGCGGUGACCCAGGACGGCAGGAAGCUGUACUUCACCGAUUCCAGCAGCAGGUGGCAGCGCCGGGACUACCUGCACCUCAUCAUGGAGGCCACGGCGGACGGACGAGUGCUGGAGUACGACACGGAGACGCGAGAACUGACAGUCGUCAUGGAGAACCUGCGCUUCCCCAACGGCAUCCAGCUGCUGCCGGACCAGGAGUCGGUUCUGGUGGCCGAGACCACCAUGGCCCGGAUCCGCAGGGUCCAUGUGGCGGGCCUCAACAAGGGGGGCAUGGACACGUUUGUGGACAACCUGCCCGGUUUCCCGGACAACAUCCGGCCCAGCUCUUCCGGAGGGUACUGGGUCUCCAUGGCGGCGGUCCGGCCCAACCCCGGCUUCUCCAUGUUGGACUUCCUGUCCCAGAGACCCUGGGUCAAAAAGCUCAUCUUCAAGCUGUUCAGCCAGGACGUCCUCAUGAAGGCCGUCCCUCGCUACAGCCUGGUGGCCGAGAUCCAAGAUGGCGGCGUCUGUAGGCGGAGCUUCCACGACCCCAACGGCCUGGUGGCCGCAUACGUCAGCGAGGCCCACGAGCAUCAUGGGAAACUCUACAUCGGAUCCUUCCGCUCGCCAUACAUCGCCGUGCUGGACCUGCAGGGACUGUAGAACUGGGUCCGGCUUCACACCCUGCUGGUUCUGAUGCCCGGUCCUUUUGGAUCAGAACUUGGGGACUUUAAUAGCUGCUGUUGGCAGCUGAGGGUCCAGUUGGGCCCGGUUCUGGUUCUGUUGCUCCAUCAUUUCAUGUCAGACUGAAUUUUCCUGUGUUGCUGCUCUGCUGUUGCACCGGCCCGGUUCUGGUCCCAUACCCGGACCCGGUUCCGUACCCUGACCCGGUUCUGGUACCAUACCCGGACCCGGUUCCGUACCUUGACCCGGUUCUGGUACCAUACCCGGACCCGGUUCUGGUCCCAUACCCGGACCCGGUUUCGUACCCGGACCCGGUUCCGUACCUUGACCCGGUUCUGGUUCCAUACCCGGACCCGGUUCCGAGCCCUGUUUCCAGACCAGUCCUAGUUCUAAAAAUUGCAAAAAAGUGAAAUCGGGCGAGCUCAUUGUGAUUUGUGAACUUGGUUCUGGUUCGGCCCGGUUCCGUCUAAACCGACCUGUAGACCUACUGAACUCUGGAGGUUCUGUAGAAUAGAAGAACCGGGUCUGGAUCUGCUGUAACUCUUUAUUCACUCAUCAUUUAAACAGAACCGGAUCCUGAUCAGAACCGGUCCGGAUCAGAACCGGUUCCUGUUGGUGCGAUCUGCACUGCAGCUCCAGGGUUUCCCGCCCAGGCUUCCAGGGGGUCAGGCACAGAUCCAUGUGACACCGGAAGGUCUGGACAGAAACGGGUCGGUCAGAACCUCCAGAACCAUCGGGUCCUCCUGCGACUCAGAUCCAGACUCACCUGGGCCAACCGGCCCGGAGGCUGGAGGUGGCACCGGUCCAGGUCCGAGGUCCGGUUCCGUUUGGGACAAACCGUCCUGGAGAUCUGGAAGUCCACGAUGUACCGGAUCCCUCUGACCACCUGGAACACAGAGCGGGUCCGUUAGGUUCUGCUCCGAUCUGGAACCGGGCCCGUGUCCAGACCAGAACUACAUGAACAGGUCUGCUUCAGGUUCUAGGCUCAGCAGAACCUGGUUCUGGUUCUCACACUUCAGACUGAAUCUGAACGUGCUUUUAUUUUGAAAGGAGGUAUUGUUUCUUGUGAGAAAGGUUCUGGUUCUAUUCUGGUUCCCUCCUCUGAUUGGCUGAUUGGUCCGUCCAAUCACCACAGACCUGAGCUUCUAAUAAACUACUGUUGGUUUAA